GCUGGUAGACUAUUUUAGGCUACAAAUCACUGCAUGAGAUUGGAGCCAAAAGAAGAUUAUAUGACAACUCGUGGUCAACCCUGAACCGGGUUUCCCUCCUUGUUCGUCCUCUCUGCGAUGUUCUCACAAAUAGGACCAAAAGACUUUUAACGCAGCUCGGCUAUUUAGCACUGAAAUGAUAAAAAGGUGUCGGUCUACAUUAGAGCUUCCGUUUAAACUAUUCAGCCCAACUUCAGAUAAGGUUAAUUUUGUGCUAUUCAGUGCUAUUCUGUCAUUAACAUCGGAAGUGAUUUUAUAGCUGAACAAAGGUAGCAUGUCCUCAAAACGAUUUUUCUAAGCCCCCAACGACUAUAUAAUCAUUCUUUGCAUAUUUAUUUGUUUGAGCAGCUGCCUUAAGUGUCCACACGUCAGCGUUUUCCACUAAUGACAUGGUACGCAUGUUUGCAGAGUGAUGUUGAUAAAGUACGAGAAAGCCUUGAAAGCAUAAGUUUCCGUUGUCACUGCAACAGCACCCUUCGUAUGAGAGUCAACGCGAGCCAGAAUACAUGCACAACGGCACAAUACUACAUACCAUGCUCAUUUUUCUGGCGAUCUUCCUUUUGGCGACAAAUCAAGUCUCGACACUUCCAAAUGAUAUCUGCGGACUGCGAAAUCCAUUGUCACGUAUUGUAGGAGGAGAACACGCCAAACUCGGUUCGUGGCCUUGGCAGGUGGAGCUCUUGAUGUUGAAAGGAGACAAGAAAACAUUCGCCCAUCGGUGUGGAGGGACCUUGAUUGAUAAUGAAUGGGUGGUGACCGCUGCCCACUGUGUCUUUAUGUAUCCUUAUCCCACCCAUUACAAAGUAGUAUUAGGACAGAUCAGGCGAGCAGAACUGAAGGACUUAAGUAACAAUUAUGUAUACAGUGUGAAGUGCAUAAAAAUUCACGAAGAUUACAUGGUAAGUGGCUAUGGUUUCGACGUUGCGUUGGUGAAACUGGCCAGACCUGCUAUAUUUGAACCCCGAAAAGUCUGGCCUGCCUGCCUUCCAAGUCAAGGAGAUCGCGUUGACAUAGGGAAAGAAUGUUUUAUUACCGGUAAGUUUCAUUUUGAACUUGUAGUUGUAAUCUUAAGUUUACUAUGAGAAGAUUCUGAUUUGUUUGGGAGCCUGUAUUUCCAAGUUUACUUUAAGAAGAUUCUGAUUGCUUUGGGAGCGUAUGUCCCCAAGUCUGUCUGUAACCAUACUCGUAAUUAUUUAUUCCAAUUAAUCAAAAUCAAAAUCAAAUUAAAACUUACACUAGCCGCGUAUAGCGUAGGCUUAUCCAGGCGGGCAUUGCAGACAUUAGACUUUCGUUUCGCUGUCUUCCGAUCUCGUCAAUCACUGGCACGAGAUCAGACAGAACUGUAUUUAGUUAUUAUUUAGGUAUUAGCUAUAGGGUAUAUUAGGUAGGUUCACAGGGUCUAAUUGUUUUUCCUAUGGCGUCCAAGAUGUCUAUGUUCGACUUCACCAUUUUCUCAGGUAUUAAAAUAACGUGAAUUGAAACAAAACAAUAAUCCAAAAUUGUAAUGGAAUGUGAAGAGGCACUGACUUAGUAAUGAUGCUCAUGAAUUAUGAUCUAAGCGAGCAAUGAAGAGAAUGUAGAAAGGCGGACGACAGACUCUGGGUAGCCCUAACUCCGAACAUAAUUUGUUAACAUAGCA